AUGGGCAGAAUUUUCCUUGACCAUAUUGGUGGUACUCGACUGUUUUCAUGUGCAAAUAGUGAUACGAUCCUGACCAACCGCUCAGAACUCAUCUCUAUCCGUUUCACUGGCCGAGCAUUUCUUUUUAACAAGGUAGUCAACCUGCAGUACAGUGAAGUUCAAGAUUGGGUCAUGCUCAUUGGCCGCCACAUGGUUCGAGAUGUGAGCUGCAAAAACUGCAAUAGCAAACUGAGAUGGUUCUAUGAGUUUGCCACUGAAGACAGCCAGCGUUAUAAGGAAGGUUGUGUGAUCCUGGAACGUGCCCUAGUCCGAGAGAGUGAAGGUUUUGAGGAGCACAUACCCUCUGAUAACUCUUGA